AUGCGCAAUCCCGUAGCCGCUACUGCGUCUCACGUUGAUGGCCGCCCCUUUGUACGCCUCAUAGCGAUGCUACUGCUCUUAACGUCGACCUGCAUUUGCUACGUCAACGCAGCGGGUGAGGCCCAUGCCACACGAGUGCGUCUCGUCAACAUCUACCCGCACAACGUCAGUGCGUUCACGGAAGGGCUCGUGUUCGACAACGGUGCACUCAUUGAGUCCACAGGGAUCAGUGGCGGCUCCUAUAUCCGCAAGUACAGAGUUUCGGAUCUUAGUGCCGAUUAUUUUGAGGCAGGGGCCACAGAGAGCGUGCCAGUAUUGCAGGAGUUCCGCUUCGACGACGCCAGUUUUGGCGAAGGCGUGGCUGUUUUAGGGGACAAGCUGUUUGCCUUGACGUACCAGGAGGAGAAGGUGCUAGUGUUGUCACGCGAUGAUUUCGAGCUGCUUGGUGAGUUCCCAAUCAAGACAUCCACGAAGGAAGGCUGGGGACUCACCACUGACGGAGAGUUCCUCAUCGCCAGCGAUGGCUCUGCGAACAUCAUGUUUUUUGAUCCGACGGACGGUUUCAAGCUGCACCACAGCAUCAAGGUUCAGAAGGAUGGCGAACUUGUGUCGAAUGUGAAUGAGCUGGAGUUUGUGGAGGGAGAAUUGCUUGCCAAUGUGUGGCUCAAGAACUAUAUUCUGCGCAUUAAUAUUACGACUGGAGACGUGCUGGAGAAGAUCAACUUGCGCCCGAUGCGCGAGAUGGUGACUAAUAUCCAUAGCAAGGCUAUGGACGACUCUCCAUACAAGAAGGACGCCGUUAUGAAUGGAAUCGCUUUCGACCCCGAGACGAGGCACAUAUUCGUGACCGGGAAGCUCUGGGACUCCAUGUUUGAGCUCGAGCUGUCGUAUUUGAAGAAACGCUAG